AUGGUUUCUAUUAAAGCUCCGUCUCUAAUGCCGGUGUCAUGCGUGCAGGCUCUGCUCGGUGUGGUCUGCUUGACUGUCGCCAUCCUCGCCUUCCUGCUGGUUCGCCAACUCGUCAAGCAAAGAAGACCCCCGGGCUUUCCUCCUGGUCCAUCACCCAUCCCUGUGAUAGGAAACAUUAUGUCUCUAGCCACCGAGCCGCACGUCUUCCUCAAGAAGCAGAGUGAAGUUCAUGGACAGAUUUUCAGUAUAGACCUUGGAGGCAUCUUGACUGUGGUAUUAAAUGGAUAUGACUGUGUGAGGGAAUGCCUUUACCAUCAGAGUGAGGUGUUUGCUGAUCGCCCAUCUCUGCCUUUGUUCAAGAAAAUGACAAAAAUGGGCGGACUUCUCAAUUGUAAAUAUGGCAAAGGUUGGAUAGAACACCGUAAACUGGCUUGCAACUCUUUCCGAUACUUUGGCAGUGGCCAGAGACAGUUUGAGAGGAAGAUCUCAGAGGAGAGCAUGUUCUUUGUCGAUGCCAUUGACGAACACAAGGGAAAGCCCUUCAAUCCUAAGCACCUGGUGACCAAUGCUGUGUCGAACAUCACCAACCUGAUCAUUUUUGGACAGCGUUUCACUUAUGACGACCGCAACUUCCAGCACAUGAUUGAGAUAUUCAGUGAGAACGUGGAGCUAGCUGUUAGUGGCUGGGCCCUUCUUUACAAUGCAUUCCCUUGGAUUGAGUAUUUGCCUUUUGGGAAGCACCAGAAGCUGUUCCGCAAUGCUGCUGAGGUGUAUGACUUCUUACUCGAGGUCAUCAAGGGUUUUUCUCAGGGCAGGGUGCCGCAUGCGCCUCGCCACUACGUCGAUGCCUAUUUGGAUGAGUUGGAGCAGAAUUUAGGUGACCCCAGUUGCUCUUUCUCCUAUGACAACCUCAUCUAUUCAGUGGGGGAGCUCAUUAUAGCUGGCACGGAGACCACGACUAACACUCUGCGCUGGGCCAUGCUCUAUAUGGCCCUUUACCCCAACAUACAAGAGAGGGUGCAUAUGGAAAUUGACAGCGUGCUGGCCAAUGGGAGGGCACCCACCUUAGAGGACAAACAGAAGAUGCCGUACGUGGAAGCAGUUCUCCAUGAGGUCCUUCGCUUCUGCAACAUUGUACCGCUGGGUAUUUUCCGUGCAACCUCUCAGGAUGCAAAAGUCAAUGGAUACACAAUACCCAAAGGCACCAUGGUGAUUACAAACCUCUACUCUGUGCACUUUGAUGAGAAGUACUGGACAGAUCCAGGUGUCUUCUUGCCACAGAGGUUCCUGGAUAGCAAUGGCCACUUUGUGAGGCGUGAGGCCUUCUUACCAUUCUCCAUAGGGCGGCGUCAGUGCUUGGGUGAACAGCUUGCCAGGAUGGAGAUGUUCCUCUUUUUCACCACUUUGUUGCAGAGGUUUCAUCUCCAGUUUCCUCCAGGAACCGUUCCUACUGUCACUCCCAAACUUGGCAUGACGCUGCAGCCUAAACCGUACUCUGUCUGUGCCAUCCGCAGGCAGCAGAAAAGUCCCUGUUCAGGAUACACUCCUUUUUCUAAGUAG